GAGGUUCGUUUCCUGAAACGUCAUCAGAACGCGGCGGAAGAGUAGGCCGGACCGAGGGAAACUUGGGGCGCAGGAGAGCUCGAAGCGAAAGAUGCCUGUGACAGUCGGCCCAUAUGGGCAAUCUCAACCCAGUUGCUUCGACAGAGUGAAAAUGGGCUUCAUGAUGGGCUUUGCUGUUGGUAUGGCAGCAGGUGCACUAUUUGGCACAUUUUCUUGCCUCAGGAUUGGCAUGAGAGGGCGAGAACUGAUGGGUGGCGUUGGCAAAACAAUGAUGCAGAGUGGUGGCACUUUUGGGACAUUUAUGGCCAUUGGCAUGGGCAUCCGCUGUUGAUGUGGUUUUUUUUUACUCUGAAGAUCCAAAGCCCCUGCUGAUGGAGUUCUCGCAAUGUAAUAUAAUAAAAGUAUUUGCACCAGGACUGAGUAAUCAGUCAAAAUGUA